GGUAAAACAGAGGCAUGGACAUGGUAACAUGGGAACCGGGACAAACCCACUGUUGCCCUGUGGGAUUGCUAAGACUCCUCAGAGGUGACAGGAUGGAGAGAUAGACUGAGAGAACGUAGAGAAUUCAAAAUGCCUUUGUCCAAGGAUUCUCUAUGAAAGCUGGCACCAGAAUUCAUCUUAAGAAAAUAUCUACAAGGCUGACUUGUCAACUGGAUCUGCCCUAAAGAAGAAAAAAAUGAUUGUUUGGUUCCUCAGUGAAGAGGAUAGAAAAAGGAAAGAAACAGUAACCAAAUAGCCAUGAAUUUAGCUACUGCUUGAGAGCAGAUAAACAGGAAGAUUCACAGGCGGCACUCUCCAAGCCUGGAGGCCAGGCCAACACACAGAGUCAAUCAAUAACCAAGGGCAGCUGUGACACAGCACAGCAUGUGGAGCCUCUGCUGCCCUCUGUCCACAUGACCCUCCAGUCCCGGGGUUCACAAGAGAAGUGGUACAUUCGGAACAGCUUUCAACUGACUUCUGGCCACAAAACUUUAGCCAUGAAGAUAACAAGCAUCUUUCUUCUUAGUGUCUUGGCCUUGCUCAGUUUAUCUGGCAAUACUACAGCUUCCCUUGGAAGAAAGGCGAACUGCAAUCCUACAGCGGUUGGAUGUCCCAAGAUUUAUGACCCUGUCUGUGGGACUGAUGGCAUCAGCUACAGCAACGAGUGCCUACUGUGUGCUGAAAACCUGAAGCGCCAGGUUCCUGUCCUUAUUAGAAAAUCUGGACCUUGCUGAGAACCCAGGUUCCAAAAUCCCUUAAGGUUACCAUGAGAUCUGGCUGGCCUGACUGUUGAAUAAAAGCAUCUGUAUAUACUUU